AUGCCACACCAACCCGCCGACCUUGAGACGGCGCUGAAGAAGAAGGGCGGUCUUACUCUGUCGCAACUGGCCAACUACGACGAUGUUAUUACUGAUGCGCUGGUUGAUCGCGUCUACUUCUGGUCAACGAUCCGCAAAUUGAAAGCCAACUUCCACCCGAGCCGAGGCGUACAACAGGAAGACGUGUGCAAGAUUCUGCAGGAAGAUGUGGUCAUAAAUAAAGACGCUGCAAAAGCGCACGAGAGGCUGCUCAACCUCCCUGGUUUGAAGAGGUUCAAAAACAUGCUCAAGACCGAGGAUGAGAAGGGACACUUUGAGCGCCACCUGCGCAAGUACGUGAACAUGUAUCUGCCAGACUGUCCGUUCGAGGUCACAACAACGAAUCGAUAUACGAUUGAGACUGCAGAAGCGGCGGUCACCGCGAGAAGGUACAUCAAGAAGGGCGAGCCGAUCAAAUAUCUCAGUGGGAUUCAGGUGGAGAUGUCCGAACAAGACGAAAAGGAGAUGAAAGGACGCACAGACUUCAGUGUUGUUGUGUCCAGUCGGCGGAAGCGACCAUCGCUCUUUCUUGGCCCAGCACGCUUUGCGAACCACGACUGUAAAUCCAAUGCCGGCCUUAACACGACCGGUCCCCAUGGAAUUCACAUCGUCGCGCGCAGAGAUAUCGACGUUGGCGAAGAGAUUACUGUAACAUAUGGCGACGACUACUUUGGCAUCGACAAUUGUGAGUGUUUAUGUGGCACGUGUGAGGAUGAGUUGCGGAAUGGCUGGGAUCCGCGCGGUCAGAUCAUCCACGAGGAGAGCAGCAGCGAGGAAGAGUCUGAUGAAGAUGUCUCGCAGCAAGCUGCGCCAGCAAGACGAAGAGUGCCAGAUCCCAGUCCUGCUCGGAAGCGAAAGCGCGAGGACGCUGAUGAGCAAAAAGUUAAUGGCGAAGGACCAUCCUUGAAGCGAGGUCGAGGACGACCGAGAAAAUAUCCGAGACUUGACGAAGCAACAGCGGCGGCUAAAGCUCAGCAGGAGGACGACAUGGACUCUGAAGAUGAGCUUGCAGCGCCGGAGAGAACGGGCAACAACCUCUUCGGUCGAGCCUUCAGACCUGCUCGAAACCAAGGAUCGUUCGCAGAGAUCGGCAAGUUAAGCUCAGGCGAUCGCAGAGACCCGAUACUUGACAAGGUGUUACGGAUGCUGGGCAGUGUUGCUGAUCGCCAAAAACUUCGUCGUAAUACACUACCAGCUCCUGCACCAGCUCCACCAAUAGCACCUCCGACGCCUCCGGAACAAGAAGACGAGGACAUGGAGGACUACGAAGAGGAUGAUGAUCUUGAACAAAUGAGAAACGGUCGUACGACUUUGCGCGGCGCUCGUGGUAGAUUCACCCGCCUCGGGAAGGCACACAUCUCUCGAAAGAACAGCUCAGACUCCUUAGGAAGCAGACAGGGCUCCGGAGUGGAGCUGGGACCGCAAUCUUCGAAAAGUAAGCUCCCAUCCGUCAAGAAGGAACGCAGCUUCUCCAACUUGCGGAAUGUGGUCAACGCAAACGACUCGCCAGAUGAUGAUCCGUACAGCAUACAGCCAUCCCCAGCACCGCGGGAAGAGCUUUCGAAGAAACGUGGGCGCGGACGACCACGCAAGUAUCCACGACCUGAAGACAUUGAUCCUGUGGCGGAUGACAGCUCACCAUCUUCGGCGAACACCGAUAAUUCGUCCUCUGCCUCGCAGGCGUCUAGUGCCACAUCUAUGGACACCUUUACUGGCGGUAACAUCGCUCAAGGUAUCUGUGAGAUGCUGACAACUGGUCCUGAUGCAGAAGAAGGAUCGUCUUCUCGCAAGGUGCAAGUCACAGUCACUGAAGCAACGGCGAGCAUGACCCGUACGCGAUCUGCGCGACGAGGUGAUGCGCAGCUUCUCUCUCCAGACAGCGCGGAUCACGAUCGAGGGAUGCGGCGCAAGAGCACGCGCGGAUCGCAGACCGAAGUAAAGGCGACUGUGACAAGUAUUGAGGUGAUUGACUCUGAUGAUGGUGCUGAAGAAUCGGUUGUACGAGGCAAAGCGCGCAUACCGAGAGAUUACCAUCUCUGCGAGGCUCUACUCUCUACCGCAUACCACCGCUGGGUAGAAUGUCGCAACUGCGACGAGUUCUUCGUGCAAUCCGAUGCCUACCAAACCCGCAUCGCCUGCCCCAGGUGUGAACGACACAGCAAGCUAUACGGCUACUACUGGCCCAAGACCGACAAGGAAGGUAAACACGACAAAGAAGAGCGUAUCCUUGACCACCGCCAGAUCCACCGCUUCAUCGACCCUGAAGAAGAGCGCUUCGAGAGGAAAGGCAAGAAAGCACUGGCGGAAGUGUUGAAGGAGAAGGAGAUCUCCGACCGACAGGAGAGUCAAGAGUCUGAGUCGAAACCAGAUCGCGCAAGUCGUUUGAGGGGCAGUCCAAGACGAAGUGAAAGCAGGAGAAAGCUUGCGAGGAUGACUAUGUGA